GUAGCGUUAAAAGCUGCACGGUAGAGAACAAUAGAAAGAGUGAUCGAUAAUUUUGUUUACAUCGCAUUUGAUGUUAAAAACUGUUAAAUUUAAACAUGUCUGGGAAAAGGAAAGCUGAAGAAAUUGUUCAAGAAUCUGAUAACAAGCAACAUAAGACAGAUAAAAAAGAUGGAACUGAAGAUAUCAUUGUAAAAGAAGAAGAAAACGGCGAGACAGAGUCGCCUCUUCCUUCAGCGAACAAUGACAAUGAGAACGGAAGUCAGGAUGGAUUAUCAUCAACCGAUACUUUGGAUAAAAAAGACGACAAAGAUGUGUUACUGGUGGGAAGCAUUCAAUUAAAAGAAAUGACCAUGUUUUUCUUUCAUUCAGUAUACCUUAUAGUUUAUUUUUCUCAAAACCUGUACAUAUACGAGCCCAUUUUUGGACAACAUUCAGUACCUUGUUACAGAGUUAAAGGCACAGAUGGCUGUGGAAUGUUCCUGAUAUGUGGAGGGACCAAUUGGGAUCUCACAGGCCGGAAGAAUGUUCCAAAAGGUACAAAAGGAGCGACUGGUCGCAAUCUGUGGUCCCCACAUCGUUUCACUCCUCUUAGUGGUGUGAGAGUGAGACUUGUCGCAUCAGGCAGCAAUAGCGUUCACAGUAUUAUUGUCACAGAGGAGGGAAAGGCUAUGAGUUUAGGUCGUAAUGAAAAGGGACAACUUGGCGUUGGUGACACAAAGCGCAGAGAUGUGCCGACUCUCAUUGAAGCUCUGAAAGAUCAUAUUGUCGUUGGAGCAGCUUGUGGGAAGAACCAUACUCUGCUUUUGACAGAUCGUGGUGUUGUGUAUGGUUGUGGAGACAACAAAUUUGGACAGUGUGGUGUUGGGAAUCAGAGCCCAACCAUUCUUACUGCUACACUGAUUAGCUACAAAGGCCCUCCCAUUGUGAAACUGGGCUGCGGGGCAGAGUUCAGUAUGAUCCUCGACUGCAAGGGGGCAUUGCAUUCGUUUGGCUUGCCUGAAUAUGGACAGCUUGGUCACAAUACAGAUGGGAAAUACUUCAUUACAUGCAAUAAACUUGGUUUCCACUGUGAAACAGCUCCAAAACGCAUUGUUUUCUUCAUUGAGAAGGCAAAAGACGGCCAUAUUACCCCAGUGGAGGUGGUGGAGAUUAUUGAUUUCUCCUGUGGAUCGAACCACACAGUUGCGGUAGACUCUCACAAGAGAGUGUUCUCUUGGGGCUGGGGAGGUCUUGGUCGCCUCGGUCAUGCAGAACAGAAGGAUGAAAUGAUUCCACGACUGAUAAAAUUCUUUGACACUCAGUCACGGGGAGUCAAGUCUGUGCAUUGUGGUAGUUCAUUCAGCCUAGCGAUAAAUGAACUAGGUGCUGUGUACUUAUUUGGUCAGACGAAACGUACCGGUGAGGCCAACAUGUAUCCCAAGCCUAUCCAGGACCUGGCGGGAUGGGCAGUUCGCAGUGUGGGGUGUGGUUUCACCAGCAUCGUGAUGGCAGCUGAUGACAGUGUCAUCGCUUGGGGACCCAGCCCUACAUGUGGUGAACUGGGUUUUGGUGAACUACACAAAUCAUCAACAACUCCCAUGGAAGUGAAAGCACUUGAAGGUAUUUACAUAUUACAGGUCUCUUGUGGUUUAGGACACACCUUGCUCAUAGCCAGAGACGAGUCACAGCAGGACAAAGCCAGACUGAUGAAACUGCCAGAAUUCAUGCCGUGAGAGAUGUCAUCUCAGCAUGGUAUACUGUAUACAGGCAACCUCUGCCAUUUGUGGGUUAUUUUAGCCUUUAUGAGUGACAGGAAUGAGACAUUCAUGUAGAGAUAAGGAUUUAUGGUUUAUGUGAAAGUGGAAGUGUAGAAGGGUGAACUUUGUGUAUGGUUAGAUGUUUUGAACAUGCCUUUAAUUUAACAGUGAAUUGCAAUAUUUACCUGAAUAUAAAUAUAUUUAUGGUUUGAUGAAGGUGCCAAUUUGUAUGGACUUUAUCUACUUUGUAUGAAUCUUACAAGGAUCUGAAGAGGAAUGCAAAGUUUCACUUUCUUGUCAGUUUCCUUACUCACUGAUUCAUGAUUAUGGCCUUAGAUAAUUUUAAUUUAACUAAGUAUAGGUGUAAUGUGUUUGUAACAAACAGAAUGUGUCUGUAGAUUUUUCAUUGGUUUUAACAUGGAGUAUUAUAAGCCAAGCACAGGGGCUUGUUCCAUUCUUAACACAUUCAGUGCCGGGAAUUUAAAUUUUGGCCUUGCUUUAAUCAUGGGGUUUUGCAGUUUCUGAAGAAGAUUUUUUUUUUUUUUUGGAAAAUUAAAAAAGUUAAAUUUUCACGUUACCUUUAAUAGGCUUUGAGGGCAUGGUACUCUGUGUAGGACCCCACCUGUUACAGGGGAACUCUACACAGAGCAUACAACAGUUUCUCUGAGACAUGCAAUAUCUUGUUUGGUAGUGGCAGUUUCAAUGAGUUUGUAGGUCUUCAAUUUCCUGAAGAUUGCUGUCUUCUGGGUUGUGCGCCACGUAGUCUGGCAGACAUCUACAGACUACGUGGCACAACAACCCAGAAGACAGGAAUCUUCAGACUCACCACCAUGAAAACCUCAAAUCCUACUUCAUUUUCCUACACAGUCUUCAUUUUGGAUCGUACUUGGUGUCUGUUUCAGUAGUAUUAGAGUGUAUUACUAAUGAGCAGAGUCCAUGUCAUGUAAAUGGUAUUUAUAAUUAGUGACUUAACUUUGGCUUUACCAUUGAUGUCCUGCUCUGUUGCUCAAGUCAUUUCUAGUUUCUGCCAUGUGAAGAAUUUAUAUCAUCACCACCACUUAUCCUUCAUAAUAACAUGUGAAAAAGAAAUACCAGAACAGAUAUCUAAAUGACUCUUCAAGCUGCCUAAAUUCAUUGAUGAUAAUUAUCUUUCACUAUCAUAUCCACAUUAUAAGGAGUGAUGCUCAUAAUCAUUUGUCAUUGCUGGCAUUGAAUGUGUUAUACUAUCUGUAAGGCAUCCUCCCAGACAGGCGAAAGUAUACUUUAUCAGGUAUGACAGUUAUAAAUGCCAUUCAGUAUUGGUACAUUUUAGUAUUUAUACAUUAUAUACUUUGUAUUAUGCAGUUUUAUAAUUUUGUUUAGUAUAAGAUACUAAAUUCUUAAAUAAAGAUAUCAAAAAGUAUGUGAGGAGAACCAAUACAUAUUUUCCUGAUAUAUAAAUUGGUGUAUGGUUAAAUUAUUUGGAAUGUUACUAUCUUAAAGGUAAUUCCUGUCAGUGCAUUUCUUUUGAAAUUGAAGUCAGCUGUAUUACUAGUGGUUGCUGGUCUUCGUUUCAUGACAGAAGUUAGAAGGCCCUGAAAGUCUAUAGUAUUGUAAGAGUUAGUAGUAAUUAAACUAUGGUUUCUUUGCCCUUAAAAUAUGGAUUUAUUAUACUCAUUAUUAUUAUUAUUAUUGUAAUUAAUUAUUUUCUUGCUUGGAGUUCUGUUGGUUUACGUGUCACAGUCUUAACUUAUUCUGACACUUGUAUUAUUAACUGUUCUCUUCUCAUUUGAGCCCGAGUCCAGCCACUGCUACCGCUCUCUUCAUCACAGUUGGACAUUGUAUGCGCCUUCCUCGUUGCUCAUAACGUUUGACUCCCACUGGACUUGUACGUAACUGACUGUCCAACUCAACUUGUUCUAUUUAUGUAGAGGUCGCAAUGGCCAGAGAAGUGUCCAGCUCAGUAGAGAAUGUCCGUGAUCUAUUCAUGUGUUUUGGGAGAAUCACAGAAUGACAUCGAUAAAGUUUGGGAUGCGUGUGCAACUUGGCUGUUAGAAGGAGCUGGAAGCUCUGGUUGUUUCGUCAUGGCCAGGUGGCCAUUUGCAACAGUAUGAUGGGGUGACAUGUAGGAGCAUGGAUUUGUUUAAUUUGUUAUGCCUUCAUAACAAGUUGCUGAUGGAAAGGUGUUCAGAAGUUAGAUUCUGUUUUGGUUGCGUAAGCUUUCCAUAUACUCCGAUUUAAUUUGUUUUGUUUUUAAUAUGAUUUUUAUCAGCAUUUUUAUAUUUUUUUUAAUAUUAUCUUCAGUUUGUCCAGCUGCUGUUCACUUGACUCAGCUUUGGCUGAAAGGUUUUUAAAAACAUUGAUACAUGACAUGUUGAUUAAAAUUUGAUUUUGAUCGGUGUUACUAGUUCAUGACAGUGAACGUUUUGAAUUGCCUCUUUCAAUUCUUCACUAUUUUUUUCACAUUUAGGUAAAAUUUUGUAAUUAAUGCUACCAAUAAAAUUGUUCUGUGCAGCAUCAGUAUAUCAGUGCUGAUGAGAGAGGAAGAUGAAUGUGCCGUUGUCACAAAACGUGCAUGUUUUUUUUACAUUAUGUGCUAAUACAGUGAGUUUUUUGUGACUACAGACUCUGGCAGAAGAGAUGGACAUUCCUAUAAGAGUGGACCAGCCCAUAAUGUGUAAGUUUGCUUCAUGUCUGUGCUGCCUAUAAAAUUCACUCUAGUUGUCAUGUUUUCAUGUUACUAGAUUGUAAUGUAUUAAAUUGCAUGAUGAGAGAUAGUUUUCUGGCCAGGAAUUUAAAGUCACAUAUGUAAGAUGUUAUUUAUUGCCUUUUGUGACUACUGGUUUUGUCAGCAAGUUAAUACACUAGGAUGUGACAGCCACUGCCUCAAAAUAGUUCUUAAUAUUGCAAAAAAUGUAUAAUAUUUUUUCAUUGAGUUCUACAGAUUGUAUCUGAAACCUCAUUUGAUGUAAUAAAUAUUAAAAAUUAAUUUGGCAAGUUAAUAAAAUUAUAAUUCUAGUUGGCUAA